UCGAAUCUGAGCCCCGGGGCAGCUCGAAAACAGGCGUUUCGAGGCGAUUUCACGGCCGUUCACAACAGUGUUGCGGGUGCCGCAGCCUCGGCCUUCCCUUCCACACGACCACACCCGGCGCGGCCGCACCACCCACCCUGCCCUUGCCUUCUUUAUUCCGCUCCACUGAGGCCGCCUAGCGAGCAUCACAUGCCAUUGCCAACCUCCCACUGCUCGUCUGCUCCUGCUUGCUCGCGUCUCCACCUGAUCGCGAGGGUCCUAGGCUUGUAGAGCUGCGAGCUGCCGAGAGAGCCGCGGCAGGCCGGGUCGGGUCAACGCUUGCUGUGCGAGGGGCCAAGGAGGAGGUCAGCCAUGUCGCCGGCGAUGCUGGGUGUUUAAGAGGCUCGGGCGGCGGGCAUGGAGGGGAGGAGGGACGGCGCGAGGUGCGGCGGCACUGUGGCUGGCAUGCUGCUGCUGUUGCUCCUCUUGCUGUGCCGUGGCGCGUGCGGGCUCAACGCCGACGGGGUGCUGCUCAUGUCGUUCAAGAACGCGGUCACCGCGGACCCGCUGGGCGCGCUCGCCGGCUGGAGCUACAACGACGCCGAGCCGUGCGCGUGGAACGGCAUCGUCUGCAAGGGGUUCCCGCAGGCGGGCGCCGCGGAGGCGGCCAAUGUGACGUUGGCGUCCGCCGAGGGCAACUCGACGGCCGCCGCGGUGGUCGGGUCGAACGGCACCGCGGCGGUGGGGGCCCUCGGCCUCAACGCGUCGCUGGCGGCGGCGACGGUGUCGCGGGUGAUUAGCCUCGUCCUGCCCAACGCGCAGCUGUCCGGGACGCUGCCGGCCGACCUCGGCCGCGUCGAGCACCUGCGACACCUCGACCUCUCCGGGAAUAGCCUCAACGGCAGCCUCCCGGCCACGCUGCUCAACGCGUCUGAGCUCCGGGUGCUCUCGCUCGCGGGCAACGGCAUCUCCGGCGAGCUCCCGGACGGGGCGGCGGUGUACACGCGCAGCCUCCAGGAGCUGAACCUCUCUGACAAUGCGCUCGCCGGGCGCCUCCCCGCCGUGCUGUGCAGGUUGCCCAGCCUCGCCGUUCUGGGGCUCGCGACCAAUUACCUCGCCGGCGAGCUCCCAAUCGGCGGGCUCGGGGCAUUGGAGCUCGUCGACUUGAGCGCCAACAAUUUCAACUGCUCCCUCCCGUCGGACUUCGGCGGGAGCCGGCUUCGGCUCUUGAACGUCUCGUCGAACAACCUCACCGGCGCUCUACCGACCGAGCUGUCCGCCGUAGUCCCGGCGAACGCGACGGUGGAUUUGUCGCACAACAACUUCACCGGCGCGAUCCCGCAGGCCGGGCCGUUUGCCUUGCAGCCGGCGGCGGCGUACGAGGGCAACCCUGAGCUUUGCGGGCCGCCGCUGAAGCAGGCGUGCUCGAUCCCGUCGUCGCUGUCGAACCCGCCAAACGCCACCGACUCGCCGCCGGCCUUCGCGGCCAUCCCCAAGAACCCCGCUCGCUCACCUCCGGCGGCUGACGGGAAGCUGCAGGAGCCGCGCGGGCAGGAGAAGCUUCGCCCCGCCGCGAUUGUCGCCAUAGUUGCCGGAGACAUCGCCGGCGUCGGACUCCUCUUCAUGCUGUUCUUGUACGCUUACCACGUCAGGAAAAAGAGGCGACAGCGGCGGGAGCAAGCGGCUUCGCCGCUGCAGCAGAAGAGCACGCGAGGGAUCGGCGACGUCAAGACGCUAGACAUCAACGGAGGAAAAGAAGAGAAGGCGUCCACAUCGACGGGAUGCUGCAUUGGCGGCAGGAACGACAGCUCAGACAGCUCCGAGUGCUCGGUGUCGUCCGACGGCGAGUCCGACGACGGCGAGGACCUAAAGAAGAGAGGAAGCUUCAUCGGCCGGAGCACCCCGCAGGAGCACGGCAGCAAGAAGCACAACCAGCCCCAGCAGCAGGCGCCCCCCGCGCCAGCGACGCUGGUGACGGUGGACGGCGACGGCGAGCUCGAGAUGGAGACACUGCUCAAGGCGUCGGCCUACAUCCUCGGCGCCACCGGGUCGAGCAUCGUGUACAGGGCCGUGCUCGCCGACGGCACCGCGCUCGCCGUCCGGCGCAUCAGUGAGAGCGGCGGCGCCGACAAGCUCAAGGACUUCGAGGCGCAGGUGCGCGCCGUGGCCCGGUUCCGCCACCCCAACAUCAUUCGGCUGCGCGGUUUCUACUGGGGCGCCGACGAGAAGCUCCUCAUCCAUGACUACGCCCCCAAUGGCAGCCUCGCCAACAUCGCAUUCACCAGGCGGUUCGGGGCGCCGUCGCCGCUGCACCUGAGCCUGGAGGCGCGGCUGCGGAUCGCGCGCGGCGUGGCGCGCGGGCUGGCGUACAUCCACGAGAAGAAGGGCGUGCACGGCAACCUGAAGCCAAGCAACAUCCUGCUGAGCGCCGACAUGGAGCCGCUGGUCGGCGACCUCGGCCUGGAUCGGCUGCUGUCCGGCGAGGCCGCGGCGCACCGCGCCGGCGCGUCGGCGCGGCUGUUCGGGAGCAAGCGGUCCAUGCAUUCGACGAGCAGCCUGCCCGACCUGUCCCCGAUGCCCGGCCCGGGCGCGAGCCCGUGCGGGUCCGCGUCGGCGGCGACGUCGUCCGCCGCGGGCGCCCCGCUGCCGUACCAGGCGCCCGAGUGCCUCAAGAACCUCCGACCCAACGCGAAAUGGGACGUCUAUUCCUUCGGUAUUGUGCUCCUGGAGCUGCUCUCCGGGCGGAUCUACUCCGAGGUGGAGCUGUGCCAGUGGCACGCCGGCCUCGUCGCCGAGGAGCACGGGCGCGUGCUCCGGAUGGCCGACCCCACGCUCCGCGGCGAGGCCGAAGGCAAGGAGGACGCGCUGCUGGCCUGCUUCAAGCUCGCGUUCGCCUGCUGCGCCAUGGCGCCGAGCAAGCGGCCCGCCAUGAGAGAUGCCGUGAUGGUGCUCGAGAGAACAGCACCAUCGACGCCCGGCGCAUCGACCAGUAGCGACGCCAUUCCUUGAGAAAAUUGACCUUGUGGUGUUUGUUACUAAAUCGCAAUAAUUUUACUACAACUACAAGGAAUGGCGAGCUUGUUCGUCAGAGUGUGUAGAUUUGUGUCACUAAUUUUUGAGGUUGUGUGAAACUAACCUACUAAUCCUUCGUUUUGUGAUUGUGAUUUUAUGUUUCCUACAGAAUCAUGCAUUCUUUCUUGUGAUCUUGCUCGAGUAAA